AUGGUCCGAGAGUGGGAGAAAGGCUGCCAGGGAAUGGAAACCCUUCGAGCUGCAUACCUGAAGGCCCAAGAAAGGCCCACCGCAGAGGGGAAGUGGAGUAAGAAUAGAAGGCCAGACAGAGUUUUCAGUGUCAUCUCUUUGUCCCCGUAUGGAGAGCUUGCAUCUUGCCAGGAGAAGCUGUGUCCUGUGACACCAAUGAGGAUAUGGACUAAUUUCUCCAGAUCAGAUCCACGUAUUGCCUUUGGGAAAUACUCCCCCUUGGAAAAAGAGAUUCUACGUCUAGGUGGUGUUCACACGGUAGCGGCAAGAAGGUUCUUGGCUGCUAAAGCGAACGAAGAAAGGAAAAUGAUGAAGCAACUACAGUCCAUAUCUCCAGAGUUCAACCAAGUGACAGAAUGUGGAGAACUCUCCUCUCCUUGCAUUAUGUGUAAGCCUACAGAGAAAAUAUGGACGGCGAAAGUGAUGAUACCUGCAGAGGAAUUUAAAAUGCCCGUGCGCGAGAAAGCCAACAUCAGCAAGCACAUAGAAAGGAUGCAGCUGGCACGGGCCCAACAAAACGAGAAAGACACAGUGCACAUUGCCAAGUUCGGAAACUCUCCAGUUCUAUCUGGAGCAGGCCUGGGCCUUCCAGCGAAAGACAAGUCCAGGGAAGAGGGAAAUCACCCCAGCUGUGAUUCCUCUGAUAACACCAAGCAGGACGAGAGCGAGGAGGCCGAAGGCAAACCCAUAAAAAGGCGAGAAAUGAAAGUGGAUGUCACUUUUAAGUCAGAAGAACCCAAAAAGAGACUGAAAUACCAUCGAAAUGAUUGCCAGCCAUUCCUCCAAAAGAAACAGGAGCGGUGCAUCACAGGCCAAACCAACCGAAAUCUCUUCCCCUUGGCCGAAUUCCCUGGAGAUCUGAUGCUCUUGCGUCAAGGUUGUAUAGCUGAGGGAUUCCCCCCCAGACAUGGGACCAAGACUUACCCCCAACCCCAGUAA